AUGUAUACCGAUUUAGAGGAUAAUGAAAACAGAUUUUAUACUAAUAGUGAUGUGAUCCUGGAGGAAGGGACGUUAGGCUCGUCGCUGGGGCGCUCUAGUCGGCGAACACAUGAGAAAGGUGAGGAUGUUCAGGAUCCAGUUUUCUUCAAUGUUCAUGAGGUGACAGAGUCAUACUUUGCGGAUAUUACUAAUCCUACUGUAUUUAGGGACCAUGAUGAGGACCAUAGCUUGUGUGUUACCCAUUUCAUGAACGUGUACGCUUCGCAGGACUCCAGACUGUUUGAGGAGACCCGCGUCGUAAGAAUACCGAGGAGGUUCGAUAUGGGUAAUAGGUGGUACCCUAUGUUCAGCGACUUGCUGCCUGGAUCAGAGCCCGGUGCCAUAUUACAUGACACCGAUGGGCUGCAAUUCGUACCAAGGGGUAUUACUCAGGAUGGAAAUGUAUACGGCUAUUCCAGUGUGUCGCCAUUGUCUUUGUACUUAACACAGCAACAUUUCCAGGAGAUAGUCACUACGAUAAACGACAUACUACUUGCUACGUACUCCACGUACGGUUUCUAUAACAUAUUAAACAUUAUAUUAGAGGUAUUCACGUUGGGGUUGUGGAGCUACGUGUGCAAAAGGAUCAACUACGCAUUAUCCAUUGAUCCCAUGAAAAGACUAGACGUCUAUGUACGUGAGCUUAAUGCUUCCCCUGCAUUUGUUGAGGCCCAGAUCAAAUUGAUCAACCCAAGAGACUCAGGUUUCCUGUCUUUAGACUUCCAAAUACCGAAACCUAAAAGCAUAAGCACGCAAUAA